AUGACUUCCGACUCUACCUCUCUUCCCUCAGCUGCACGAGUUGUGCUGAAACCUUCUGUCCUUCUGCAGCCCCCUCUUUCCCGCUGCGGACAUGGCCCUGGACUGAUACUCAUCCGGCCGGGUCAUUUUGCGGAAUGCCAGCAGAAGAAUAAAAGCCUUGAUCCAGAGCCGCUACAGAAAUGGGCCGAGGAGAGCUAUGCGGUAGCUCAGAUCAGUCUUGAUGCGCAAACCAGUGGUGAUUCCACAUAUGUCCUGGACCUUGUCAAAACAGCGAGCGAGGCGCUCGCUUCAUUGCCAGAGUGUGAUGGAAAGGAUCAGUUCGGUUUGCUGGAUGUAGUCUACGGUUCGCAAUCCGAUUAUGCGACAGGAUUUGGGGGUAUCCUCAAUACCAUUGUAGAUGCUCCGGCAGCGGCAGUAGUCCUCAUGGGUAGCUGGGACAUCAGGCUAGGGGUGCCUGCUCUGCUGCAUUCACCUGGACCUCCCGCCGAGAUGGAAACGCACGAGAACGGCACGGUGAUCUCAUACCCCGAAGUAUCGUCUGCUGGGUUUAUUGUACCUGGACAUGCGGAUUUUAAGUAUUCGACGGCGGGGGUGGCACACACUCGGUCUCUGAGCUUUCUGAAAAAGCAUCUCGGCGGCCCUUAUUUCGAUCUGGAGAAGAUCUGGGAGGAGCAUACCCAUUUCGAGUUUGAGGAUCGUUCCGUGGAGAAGACCAUGGCGACGAUGGUCCAGGAGCCUUAUGUGAACGAUGUUCCGACGUUGACUGGUGGGAUUGGCCGGGCGCAACUGAGCCAUUUCUAUCUGAAUCAUUUCAUCUUCAACAACCCGGAUGACUCGCAGCUGGAACUCAUCAGUCGAACGGUUGGGAUUGAUCGGGUUGUUGACGAGUUUAUCUUUUCCUUCACGCAUAACAAGCAGAUUGACUGGCUAAUUCCUGGCAUCCCGCCGACGGGGAAGCAUCUCCGCAUCCCCUUCACAUCCGUGGUCAAUAUCCGAGGCGAUCGCUUGUACCACGAGCACAUCGCGUGGGAUCAGGCAACGGUGCUCGUCCAACUGGGCUUGAUGCCGGAAUACCUCCCAUAUCCUUAUGCGUUACCUGAUGGACGGCGACCUGGUCCCGGGAAGCGAUUCGAGUACCGGGUGCCUGCUGCUGGAGUGGAGACGGCGGAGAAGCUAGAGAACGAGCACGGGGUGCCAUCAAAUCAGAUGUUUGAGUAUCAGAUUCGCGAAGUCGAUGACCAUUGA